AAUUUCAGUUACUUACUUAUAUCAAAUGGAGGAUGCUUUGAAACAUCAAUCGUCUGUCUCUGGAAAUAAGGGAGGAGGAUCGGCUAAACUUCUUCGCUAUCCACUCCGAUCGGCCACUAAGUCCAGGGAUGAUAAGCCCCCUAUCUCCGUUCCAUCAACUGCCUCUAGAAGGGGAAGACCUUCUUCAAGUGUGAGUCAAAGUGUUAGUGCUCUUGAUUUAUCUGCCAAACAGAAAUCUUCUAAACCUCCUAGGAGGCUCUCUAUUCCCACCAAGUCAACUGCCAGCCCUGCUCCUAAACCGGCUUGCAACAUAACUCCAAUAUCCGAGGCUAGAGCAAAUAGAUCUAGGAACAUUGAGGCUAAAAGUGACACACCCGUUUCAGAUGUUUCUAGCCGAAAGAAAUUCAAUGUUCUAUCUUCAGCUUCCUAUUGGCUCUCUCAGAUCAAGCUCUCUGAAGCUGCUGGAAAGCACCAACUGUCGCUUGGCUUCUUUAAGCUUGCCCAAGUAGCUGCCUGUGAGAAUCUUCAACUACUCAGAAAUGAGCUUCAGUCCUACGCUCUCCGCCACAACAUUCUUGAUCUAGGAGAAUCUGCUAAAGAAGUUCUCCAAAGCUAUGAGAUACCAAAAUGCAUUGAGCAGGUGCAAGUUUCCGAAACUUAUUGUUCCCAUGAGCCAGAACAGGGAACACAAUCAUCAUCUGAUGAAGCACACAGUUUGUCUUCUGUUAACGAAAUUCCCAAACUGAAACCAAGGUCCUCGAACAAUAGUGCUGGUUCCACUGCCAAAGAAUCAGCCAAGGAAACCAACCAGAAGAAGCUUGUAUCCACCACAAAAUCUUCAACAAACAAGAAAACAGUCGAUCAGCAGUCUGCCUUGCAAGGGGGGCGUAGCAAGAUGCAAAAUGACUUGCCGAAGCCAAGCAAGAAAUCCAACAAAGAGAAACAGAUGGUGAAGAGCAAUGGAAAGAAAUCUGAUACUGAAGGCGUGGUAAGUUCUCCGGAGGAGGCAAUUACCGAAGAAAACAAAGAGAACAUGGAUGGUCCCCCGGCGGUCGAGAUCAGCAUGGAAACAUAACUCCGCUUCAAAGUAAUCUGGAAUAUAUCUAUAUAUACAAACACUUCACAUUUUAUGGUUGUUUGAUCGUGUUUUUAAUUGUCCAUUGUCGGGUUUUUCUUUUGUAUAGAUGAAAAAUAGGCAUGGUCGAAGUGUUACAAUUAAAGUCAUUACUUGGGAUGUUUCUUUUGUUCUGUUGUUUAUCGGGUGUGCAAAAUGUUGCGACUUUUUCCGUAAUGUUUUGUAUUUUGCAAUUGUUCAAAGAAGUUGAUGUGUCCUUGUUUUCUUUUGGGUUGGGAAAAGAUGUUGUUAGUAGGU